ACGGGACGGAAAUUGUAGUGAAGUCGCUUAUCGAUUCCUGCAGCACAAAAUUCCUGCGAACGUAGUGUUUUGCCGAGCGCGGUUUGCACUUAAGUCAUUUGCGCAAGGUGAAGUGCAGUUUUUGGGUGAUUUUAUUGAUUCCGUGUCGUGGAUAAUGACGUGCAGACAAAAUGCAAGAAGAUGUAACUAGUGCAACAACAAUCAGUGGUUUUGGUCUAAAAGUCACCGCGUUAUUUUCGACAAUAUUGAAGGAUCGUUAAAAAUCGAUAGGAAGAUGAAGUUGUUAAAUGGCUUAGUAUUAAUAUCCAUUACAUCACUAGUUAGCAUUAGUGUCCAAUCGCCAUCAGAAUGUAUAAAAACAGACACGUGCAGUUGUUACUCUGCCAUCGGGGGCGUAUACGAAUUCCAAUGUCCAGAUGUACAUUACGAAAUAAACAUACAGUGGACUCCAGGAAGGACCGUAGAUAUGUUUUGCGAGACGAGAGAGAAUCAAGGAAUUUUUAACGAAUCCCUUUUCCCUACAUUUGACGGGCACGACGUUCCAAGUAUUACCAUAAAAUACUGCCCCGAUAUAAGUGCGGUCAUAAAAAUAGCCAGGAGGAAGUUUAACAUGGUGGACCUUCGACAGCUUAGCAUAGAAACGUCCGCCGACAACAGCUUGAACGUUACGAGUGAUUAUCUAGAAGGACUGGAUCAUCUGGAAAGAUUAAACAUCAAAUACAACUCGCUGAUUUUGAGUAAAAAUUUUUUGAAGUAUGUCCCCAAUUUAGUAGGGUUGAAUUUAUAUAAGAACAAACUCAAAGAUUUAAAUAUUGAUUUUAAAUACGUGCCAAAACUUAAAUCUCUCGAUGCGUCUGGCAAUGAAAUAACUUCGUUGUUUGAUGGCGGAUUUGAAGGCCUCGGCGAAUUGACGAAUUUGUAUUUAUGGAACAAUAACCUGUAUGUCUUAAGAAAAGACAUGUUCCGCGGAUUAACCGGUGUGAAGUUGCUUGAGCUGAGCAGCAAUCUUAUCGAAACGGUAGAGCCGGAUACAUUCUCGGAACUUUUAGACAUAACCAUUCUCAGUCUGCUAAAUAAUCGCAUAAAGUUUCUCCACUCUAACACAUUCAAAAACAACGCUCUGCUUCAGCAAAUUAAGAUUGCGUUUAAUCCGAUAUUUCUACCCGAUUACAUUUUUGCAAAUUUAACCAAACUUAAAGUUGUCAGAAUGGACAGCUGUGGCUUGCAAAGCAUUCCCGAUCACACAUUUACCGGAUCAGUGAAUUUAUCAGAAAUACAACUGUCGAAUAAUUCUCUAACGACUAUUCCGAAAACUCUCUUUGAUGGUCUAGACUCCUUAAUGAAGCUGGAUUUGUCUCAAAAUCGAUUGACCUCGAUUCCAGAUGAAGCGUUUUAUAAUCUGCGUAAAUUAAAAGAACUACAUCUUGAGAAGAACGAGCUGACGGUGUUGGGAGCUGAUAUGUUCUUAGGUUUGGAGAAUUUGCAGAAACUAAUCUUAAGCAGAAAUAAAAUUGCAAAAAUAGAGAUGACGAGUUUCCACGAUCUGUUGGAGCUCCGACACCUUGAUUUGUCUCAUAAUAGAUGGGACAUGGUUCCUGAUAGGAUCACGGGCGUUACUGCUUUGGGAUUCUGCGUCAAAAUCGAGGAGGUGUUGUUGCACCAUAAUAAAAUCGAGACCAUACCCGAAAAUUAUUUUGACUUAAUGGUCAAUAUAAAAAAGUUCAACGUCAGUUAUAAUGAUAUUUCUAAUGUCCGGGUUCCAAUGUUUAUUAAGGCAUCGUCCUUCGAAAUGAUAGUGGAUGUUUCCCAUAAUAACAUAACUGAAGUCGACUUCUCCUUCAUAGAGGUAAUAGCCAGGGCGAAUUAUAACGGAUCCCUAUAUGAACCGUACCAUGCGAGUCAAACCAUACUAAUCCUGAGUGACAACGUUAUCCCUUGCGAUUGUACCAACUACAAUCUGGUCAAAUAUAACAACGACAUGUACGAUCCCGAAGUACGAGCACUGGUCGACAUUAAACAGGAUCGGUUAUACUGCUCGAAUUUCGAGUCUCCUAUUUUAGCAAGGGAUCUCAGACCUGGGCAUAUCACGUGCUCCCUGGAAGGAUUGAUUAACUGUCCCGGUCCUUGUUCCUGCGAUUAUAGGCCCUAUGAUUUAAGCAUAAUCGUCGAUUGCUCUUAUCGGAACUUAUCGACAUAUCCAACAUUGAAUAUUACCGGCAUCACGUACAAUCAGACAGUUUUAUAUUUGAACGGAAACCAUUUCUCACAAGGGCCCACUACCAACUCAUCUUACCACAACGUCACCGUCUUGGACUUAUCCCGCAAUCAUAUCAAUGAAAUGACUUGGAUCCCACUUCGCAUUAAGGAACUUCGUUUGAGUGGAAAUAAUUUGACUGGCCUGAGUGAAAACUUUAUCAAGCUCUUAAAUAAGACCGCAUCGCUGCGACGAAUGACACUCAACAGUAAUCCUUGGUACUGUGACUGCCAUGCUGCAAAUUUGCAAAACUAUCUUAUGGCUCAUUUUGACAAGGUCAAUAGGACUGACGUGCAAUGCUACGCCAGUGCAGCAUAUCUGGUGAAACUCAACAUAGUGGACCUCUGUCCGAAUCCGCUGUAUCUCACAGUUGCCCUGCCACUGAUCCUCGCCAUACUUCUUUUCUUUGCGGUGGCGAUCGCCCUUUACUACCGUUAUCAAAAAGAAAUAAAGAUCUAUCUUUACGCUAAGAACCUGUGCUUGUGGUUUGUUACCGAGGAAGAACUCGAUAAAGACAAGACAUACGAUGUUUUCAUCAGCUACGCACAUCAAGACGAAAAGUUUGUCGUGGAACACUUGCUACCCGAACUUGAACAUGGCGACCAUAGCUUCAAAGUGUGCAUUCACUAUAGGGACUUUAUUCCUGGUGAGUUCAUUAGUACCCAAGUGGUCAGUGCCGUGAAAGAUUCGCGUAGGACUUUGGUGGUACUGUCGAAUAAUUUCUUGGACAGUGUGUGGGGUAAGAUGGAGUUUAGAACUGCGCAUACGGAAGCGAUUUCCGAAGGUAGAGCCAGAGUGAUCGUCGUCAUUUUUGGUGAUUUGGACGAAAGUAAACUCGACGACGAGAUGACGUGUUAUCUAAAAACGAAUACGUAUGUUAAGUGGGGCGACCGGUAUUUUUGGAACAAGCUUAAGUACGCUUUGCCGCAUUCUAAUAAGCAUUUUUACGACAAAAAUAAAAAGCACGCUAAAGUGAUGCUGAAAAUUGACGACAAAUUCGAGUUGAUGAGUUCUCCUUCGCCCAAUCAAACGAGUACGCCCCCUGUGACUCUAGAUGCAGGUUUGUUAAAAAGUAAGGAAGUUAACUUACCUCUUGAGGGAGAGGAUCCGUUGUUACGUAGGUGAAUAUAUAACAAAGCUUUGCGAACUGUGAUUUGUUUUGGUGCCAAACCACCAUAGGACAGCCUAGUCGAACAAUCUUUCCGAUCUACUGAAAAUGCUCAACUGAUAAACAUUUUAGUCUUAAGUCCAUAUCGCGUUUAGUCAUGGAGUACAAAGAUGACAGCACAAAGUAUAAAUGUUACGACAUAGUCUUUUGUAUAGAAAUUUUUAUAAGUGUUAGAAACAAAGAUAUACUUUCCAUUUAGAACGCAAGCUUUGCAUUUUCGCAUGAGUGGGUCCAACGUGAACAAUGUUGAUAUUAAGUACACUAAGCAAAACGUAUUAAGUUCCAUCAGCCGCUGUUAUAUUUCAUAUUAUUAGACUUUAUUAGUAUUCGACCACAAAACCCUAGUAGAUUGCGCGCAAUUUCUUGUUUUUCGGCAAUAGACCCACCUACCCUAAAAUGUAACUGGUGAUAUGUAAGUGCCAAACAGCUUGGCGUGUAAGAGACUACGCAAAAAUAGUUGUAGUUUUGCAUUCAACUGGAAAGGUGCUCUAACGAUCCGCAUCCGCAUUUUUGUUUUGUUAUGUUGAUUUUCGAGCUUUAUAGUAUAUAUGCAAUGUGUUUGUUAUUAUUUCAAGAUAUCCGUGUGUUAUGUACAUAUAUUUUUGUAAAUAAAAUAAGUUUUUAAAA